UCAACCCUCUUUCUCAUUCGUGCUCUCCUUCACUCUUCUUUAUCCAAUCCCUCUUUUCAAUACCCUCUUAAAAUGGCAGAAGUUGAAUACAGAUGCUUCGUUGGUGGCCUCGCAUGGGCCACUAACGAUGAAUCUCUUGAACAAGCUUUCUCUCAGUUCGGCGAUAUCACUGACUCCAAGAUCAUCAACGAUCGCGAGACAGGGAGAUCGAGAGGCUUCGGAUUCGUUACUUUCAAGGACGAGAAGUCGAUGCGCGAUGCGAUCGAAGGAAUGAACGGCCAGGAGUUGGACGGCCGUAAUAUCACCGUCAACGAGGCUCAGUCUCGCGGAAGUGGUGGCGGCGGUGGACGUCGUGAAGGCGGUGGUGGUGGUUAUGGAGGCGGUGGCGGUUAUGGAGGACGUCGUGAAGGCGGAGGCGGCGGUGGAUAUGGAGGACGUCGUGAAGGCGGUGGUGGCGGUUAUGGAGGCGGUGGCGGUGGAUAUGGUGGCAGAAGAGAGGGAGGGGAUGGAGGCUAUGGAGGCGGUGGUGGUGGAUCCAGGUGGUAAUUAUGAAGUUACCGCCGUGGGGAUUGAGUGAAUGAAGUUAAAUUUAGAAGUUACUGCUGUGUUCUUUGAGAUGUUAUGGUUAUGUUAGUGUUUGACUGUGCUCAAUUUUGACCACUGGUUACUACCCCUAUGUUACUGCUUUCUCGUGAGUUUAAUUACCUAGUCGAAUGAAAUGAAAUGGAAUUUGAAUGGAUUUCUCUUC